AUGCUGAGGAGAUUUUUCAGGAAAUGCGUGGAAAGGAUAUUACACCUAGACGUAUCCUCUUGUGGUACACUCACUGAUGGCUUUUCUAAAUUGGGGAAUAUGCACAAGGCCUCUAGUAUUUUUGAUGAGAUGGAUCAAGAAGGUGUGACUCCUAAUGUCAUCAUAUGCAACAUGUUGAUUGGUGGCUACUGCAGCAGGUCUGGAGCAAUUGAAAGAGCUAAGGAAUUGUCAGCUGAGAAGGUUAUGGAGAAUAUGGUUCGACUAAAAUACACAUUACUGAUUCUGCAUUUCCUCAAAAGAAAAGAAUGGAGUUCUAUUUGGGAUUUUGACAUUGAAAAAGGGUUUUUAGAUGAAGCUGUUUUUGUGAUUUCUAGCACUAUGAAAUUGGGAUUGGUUCCUGAUUUGGCACGAUUUGGCAAAAGAUGUUCUUCUCAAAACCGAAGAAAAUUUUGGUUCGGUAACUAUUCCACUCCUCGAAGCGUCUUCUUCGUCGGCAGCAGAACCAGUCCUUUCCUAAGGAUGGGUCGCAGAAGCAGAAGCAAAAGCACGGGUGCUUCCAGGUAUACGGUUGGUCCAGUCCGUGUUGUUAACGAAAAGGUCGUCGGAAUCGAUUUAGGAACGACGAACUCAGCCGUCGCUGCCAUGGAAGGAGGUAAACCAACGAUUGUAACGAACGCUGAAGGUCAGAGAACAACACCUUCCGUUGUUGCUUAUACGAAGAGUAAAGAUCGUCUCGUUGGUCAGAUUGCGAAGCGUCAAGCUGUUGUUAAUCCGGAGAAUACUUUCUUCUCUGUGAAGAGGUUUAUUGGGAGGAGAAUGAACGAAGUUGCUCAAAGUCUAAGCAAGUUUCCUAUAGAGUUAUUAAAGAUGAGAAUGGAAAUGUUAAGCUUGAGUGUCCUGCUAUUGGUUCUGAGGAAGCUUGUGGAUGAUGCUUCGAGAUUCUUGAAUGAUAAAGUAACCAAAGCAGUCAUUACUGUGCCUGCUUACUUUAAUGAUUCACAAAGGACAGCUACAAAAGAUGCUGGCCGUAUCGCUGGCUUGGAAGUUCUUCGUAUUAUCAAUGAGCCGACGUCUGCUUCUUUGGCUUAUGGGUUUGAGAGAAAAAGUAAUGAAACGAUUCUUGUCUUUGAUCUUGGUGGUGUACUUGAGGUCGGUGAUGGUGUUUUUGAAGUGCUUUCUACUUCUGGUGAUACACAUCUGGGAGGUGAUGACUUUGACAAGAGAGUUGUUGAUUGGCUUGCUUCAACUUUCAAGAAAGAUGAAGGUAUAGAUCUUCUGAAAGACAAACAAGCGCUUCAGAGGUUGACGGAGGCAGCUGAAAAAGCUAAAAUUGAGCUUUCCUCACUGACUCAGACAAACAUGAGUUUGCCUUUUAUCACCGCUACGGCUGAUGGGCCUAAGCACAUUGAAACCACUCUCACCCGAGCCAAAUUUGAAGAAUUGUGCUCCGACUUACUUGACAGGUGA